UUAAAAUAUGCUGUGUCUCGGAAAAGUAGGGGGUGCAACUAGCAAAAAUCAAAUUAAAAUGAAAAUACAGAAGAAAAACUUGAAACCCUAGAAACCAUUUUGUAUAUAAAGGAGUAGAAAUCCCCUUAAUUUCUUCAACUCAGUCACCUCUUCCUCGUCUUAUUCACGAUGGGGCAUUGUACAGCUCAGCCUCUCACUCUUUCCAAAUUUCCCAAUUCAUUCGCUUUUCACUCUAAACCCUCUUUUUCUCUCAAAAAACAAACCCUAGUUACCCCUUCUGCUUUACUCUUAUCUCGAUCAAUUUUCCUUAGAAAUGUGUUGCGAAGAGCAAUAGAGUCUGAGGAAACAUCCAGUGGGGUAGGUAAAUUUUUCAACGAGAAACGGGAUAGUGUGAUAACGUUGGAGGCUGAUAAAAAUGGCUACAAUGAAACUGUCGAGAAUGAAGACUCAAAGGAAGAGUUACCUUCUGAUGGAGAAUUCUUGCCGUUGGAUUUCCUCGAUAAGCUUAAUGUAAAGUUUGAUGUAAAUGACACCACUUCUCUCGUCGUGUAUGGUAGUGGUGCUAUAGUGACUCUGUGGCUAAUUUCAGCUGUUGUUGGGGCUAUUGAUUCUAUCCCAUUGUUCCCCAAACUGUUCGAAGUUGUAGGACUUGGAUAUUCGUUAUGGUUCACUUACCGUUAUUUGCUUUUCAAGAGAAAUAGAGAUGAACUGACAACUAAAAUAGAGCAACUCAAGGAGCAAAUUCUCGGUUCAGAUGAUUAGUUUUUAUGAAAGGAUAAAAUUAUACUUCAGAUGUGCUUAGAAAUAUGAAGGCAUGUACAGUUACAUUUGGUUAAGUUAAGAAGAGUAUUUGUUGAUUUGCCCACAUGAUUACAUAUAAAAGAGUUGGAUCUAGUUUGAAUAUUCUCUUGCAUCUAGUAAGUCUGAAUAAUCUCAACUAUCAAAUAUCCGUUAUUGUUCCUUGAAAUUUUGGAACAUCGACCUUAAUUC